GCUGUUGCUGAGAAAAUGGCGUUUGAUUCAGUGAGGAUUGUUCUUCUGGGUUGGAGUGUGUCUGAAAACAGUGAUGUGGGAAACUUCAUAUUAGGACGAGCAGCGUUUGACAGUGAAGCUCCUCCAGAUGUUGUAGAGAGAGUCUCAGGAAGACUGAAGGACAGACACGUGAUCAUCAUCAACAGUCCUCAGCUGCUCCAGACCAACAUCUCAGAUCAUCAGAUCACACAGACAGUGAGAGAGUGUGUCCAUCUGUCUGAUCCAGGACCUCAUGUCUUCAUACUCGUACUGCAGCACAAACACUUCACUGAGGACGACCUGAGAAGAGUCAAACACCUGCUCAAACUAUUCAGUGAAGAUGCCAUUAAACACACGAUAGUGAUCACCACUGAUGAACAGACACGCAGAGCUAAAAGGACGUCUGUGAAACCCAAUACAUUCAUUCAGCAGUUAACAGCAGAGUGUGGAGGAGGACAUGUUGAGUUUAAGGAUAAAACAAAAAUUGUCUCUCAGAUUUUCAAAACGGUAAAGAAUAUACGGAAGAGAAAAUAUUGUGAGACGAUUAAAGAAACACCAAAGAUUGGCUCAUCAGAGGACACAGAAGACAAAGGAAAAAGGAAAGUGAAAAAGGAACAAAGUAGCACAUCCAUUUUACCACAGAUCCCAAACCCUUUGGGCUUCAGUUUUCCAGAUUUCAGUCAGCCCAGUGGUAAGUCAAUUAAUAGUGCUGUACAAUUAUAAACAUUAUUUGGAAAUAUAAAAAUAAAAAAGCAAAAAAUUUACUCAUAAGAUAAAAAUAAAGCAUGCAGAUAAACCAUAAACAAAUAAGAAACCUAUAAAAGAGCUUUCGCAGAAAGGGAUCUAAUUUAUUCAUUAAGCCAACACUUGGUUAUUCUAUUUUAAUGUUCUGUACAAUAAAAUCUCCAAUAACCAGGGCACUUUCAUCAGGUUUCUCAGUUGGUGUGUCACUGAAUGUUUUAAUAUUUUGAUCGGAACGGAAGAGCAGUGUUU